AAAUUGAUUACACAUAUUAGUAUCACAGAGGCUGGGGAGUACAUUAUUUCAGAACCUUGUCAUCUUAUCGGUAUACGAUAUUCCACGUGAUCUAUCGAUCAGAACUGUGAAAUCACGUGGUACAGGAAAAAAAUGUCAAGUAAUAAGUAUCUGUGUGACAGUUCGUAAGUCACUUAAACGAAGGAAGGUCUUUACGAGGAGAACAGAUAAUGGCGGCUGAAAAGGCAAAGAGAUUCCAGGAGAAGGCCAACCACAGGGACACGGGAGCUUACGCUCAGAACUACGGGGCCCACAGGGAGGGGAUCUCGAUGAAAGAGGUUGCUGACUAUUACACACAAUGGGCGAAUUCUGAUAAAUAUGAAGUGGAUCUUGGACCAGAGCGAUACCGUGGACCAAAGUUAGCUGCCGAAAGUCUCUGCGAGUUGAUUCCUGAAAAUCGUGAAAGUGCGCGGGUUUUGGAUAUCGCCUCGGGAACUGGCUUUCUUGGACUAGAGCUCUGGGAAAAGGGUUUUCGUUCAAUUGAUGGAUUGGACCCUUCUGAGGGAAUGAUAGAGGCAGCCAGGAAAAAGAAUGUGUAUACCAACCUCAUCUGCGAUUUCAUGAGUGAUCAAAAGUUAGAUAUCAACGCAGGUACAUACGAUGUUGCUGUCAUUGCUGGUGGCAUGGGGGAGGGGCAUAUUCCGUGCAACGCUCUACCCGAGAUUAUUCGCAUAGUAAAAGCAGGAGGAUACGUUGUAAUCGUAAUGAGAGAAGAAUAUCUGGUACACGUGGGUGAUUAUAAAGACAGACUGGAACCAUUGAUGAAAGAACUGGAGAUUUCCGGCAAGUGGAAGAAGAUAUCGAGGAAAAUCGUGCCAAAUUACUCUUUCGAAAACAAAGGCGUCAUAUUUGUUUUUCAAAAACUUUAGAACACUGACUGAUUUUCUUCUCAAGCAGAGUAGUUUUAUUCUCCUCUUGGCAUACUCUAUUCUUGGUAAACAAAAAUCCAUGCAUAUUUCAUUGAAUAAAGUUCCCAAGACGGUU